UUCCGGCGAAGGGCGGGAAAAACAGGCCACUUCCGGCGCGGCGAUUCCGGACCGCCGUGCACCUUUGGUAGCUGACUGGGUUCCGCGGAGAGAAAGGUUUCCCCGGCCCUCUGGUCCCGGUCUCGCAGCGUCCGCAACCCGCGCCGCUGGAACCUUGCGCUUCUCCCAGGAUCCCGUGCCGCCGGCUUCUCUCCUUCCUCCGGCCCCUCCACACACCUCAGGCUCCCUAAACAGCGCGGUCCUUGAGGGCUCUCUGUGCCCCUCGCGCCUCGAUUGCCUGAGUCGUCUGGGCCCCUCUGCCCUCGUUUGAUCCUUUUCGGAGCCCCGCUGCCCUCGGAGGCCCCCAGGCUGACCGUGUGGAUAGCGGGAGACCCCUCGCUUCCCUGCUGCGAUUGACUGACGAAGGUUCAGUGCCCAGAUCUGACUGAUGAGAGGAAUGGAGGGGUGACCUGGCCGGGACUGAACACGUAGGGUCUUCCAUGGAAGUCAGACAUGGGACUGGCCAACCUCAAGGUUGCUGCCGAGCCUUCUGACCGCCCAGCUGGGGUGACAGGCUGGACUGACAGAUUCCAGGGGGUUUGAGCUUGCCUGUCAAACAGGUUGCCUGAUAGACUGCCCUGAACUGGCUCACCAAGACAGACUGGCCCAGGCCCAGGAAGUUCUGGGGGACCCAACCUCGAUGAAAGUUCUGAACUGACCACCCACCCAGGCUGACCAGGCCAGCCUACUCCACCAACCUCCUGUCCCCAUCACCCGUGCAGCCAUGGAGAAGAUGUCCCGGGUGACCACAGCCCUGAGCGGCAGCAUGCUGACAGGCCGCACCAUGCACUGCCACCUGGAUGCUCCGGCCAAUGCCAUCAGCGUGUGCCGUGAUGCAGCCCAAGUGGUCGUGGCAGGCCGCAGCAUCUUCAAGAUCUACUCCAUUGAGGAGGAGCAGUUCGUGGAGAAGCUGAAUCUGCGUGUGGGCCGCAAGCCCUCACUUAACCUGAGCUGUGCUGACGUGGUCUGGCACCAGAUGGAUGAGAACCUGCUGGCCACAGCAGCCACCAACGGUGUGGUGGUUACGUGGAACCUGGGCCGGCCAUCCCGCAACAAGCAGGACCAACUGUUCACAGAGCAUAAGCGCACGGUGAACAAAGUCUGCUUCCACCCCACCGAGGCCCAUGUGCUCCUCAGUGGCUCCCAGGACGGCUUCAUGAAGUGCUUUGACCUCCGCAGAAAGGACUCUGUCAGCACCUUCUCAGGCCAGUCUGAGAGUGUGCGGGAUGUCCAGUUCAGCAUCCGGGACUACUUCACCUUUGCCUCCACCUUCGAGAACGGCAACGUGCAGCUCUGGGACAUCCGGCGCCCCGACCGGUGCGAGAGGAUGUUCACGGCCCACAACGGGCCCGUCUUCUGCUGUGACUGGCACCCUGAGGACAGGGGCUGGCUGGCCACAGGAGGGCGAGACAAGAUGGUGAAGGUCUGGGACAUGACCACACACCGCGCCAAGGAGAUGCACUGCGUGCAGACUAUCGCCUCAGUGGCCCGAGUCAAGUGGCGGCCUGAGUGCCGCCACCAUCUGGCCACGUGCUCCAUGAUGGUGGACCACAACAUCUACGUGUGGGACGUACGCCGACCCUUCGUGCCAGCUGCCAUGUUCGAGGAGCACCGUGACGUCACAACAGGCAUCGCCUGGCGCCACCCCCACGACCCCUCCUUCCUGCUGUCCGGCUCUAAGGACAGUUCCCUGUGCCAGCAUCUGUUCCGAGACGCCAGCCAGCCCGUUGAGCGUGCCAACCCUGAGGGACUGUGCUACGGCCUCUUCGGGGACCUGGCCUUUGCUGCCAAGGAGAGCCUAGUGGCUGCCGAAUCGGGGCGCAAGCCCUACUCCGGUGACCGGCGCCACCCCAUGUUCUUCAAGCGUAAGCUAGACCCUGCUGAGCCCUUUGCAGGCCUGGCCUCCAGUGCCCUCAGCGUCUUCGAGAUGGAGCCUGCUGGUGGCAGCAUGGGCUGGUUUGUGGACACAGCUGAGCGUUACGCUCUGACUGGCCGGCCGUUGGCUGAGCUCUGUGACCACAAUGCAAAGGUGGCUCGGGAACUUGGUCGCAACCAGGUGGCCCAGACGUGGACCAUGCUGCGGAUCAUCUACUGCAGCCCUGGGCUGGUGCCCUCUGCCAACCUCAACCACAGUGUGGGCAAGGGCAGCACCUGUGGCCUGCCGCUCAUGAACAGCUUCAACCUGAAAGAUAUGGCUCCCGGGCUGGGCAGUGAGACCCGGCUGGAUCGCAGCAAAGGCGACGCGAGGAGCGACACCGCUCUGCUGGACUCCUCAGCCACGCUCCUCACCAACGAGGAUAAUGAGGAAACCGAGGGCAGCGAUGUGCCCACCGACUACCUGCUGGGCGACGCGGAGGGCGAGGAGGAUGAGCUGUACCUGCUGGACCCAGAGCACGCACACCCCGAGGAGCCCGAGUAUGUGCUGCCGCAGGAGGCCUUCCCGCUGCGCCACGAGAUCGUGGACACGCCGCCUGGGCCCGAGCACCUGCAGGACAAGGCCGACUCACCGCACGUGAGUGGCAGCGAGGCAGAUGCGACCUCCUUGGCGCCCAUGGACUCCUCCUUCUCGCUCCUGUCUGUCUCACAUGCGCUCUACGACAGUCGCCUGCCGCCUGACUUCUUCAGCGUGCUGGUGCGCGACAUGCUGCGCUUCUACGCUGAGCAGGGUGACGUCCAGAUGGCGGUGUCCGUGCUCAUCGUGCUGGGUGAGCGGGUGCGCAAGGACAUCGACGAGCAGACCCAGGAGCACUGGUACACGUCCUACAUCGACCUGCUGCAGCGAUUCCGCCUCUGGAACGUGUCCAACGAGGUGGUCAAGCUGAGCACCAGCAGAGCCAUCAGCUGCCUCAACCAAGCCUCCACCACCCUGCACGUCAACUGCAGCCACUGCAAGCGGCCCAUGAGCAGCCGUGGCUGGGUCUGCGACAGGUGCCACCGCUGCGCCAGCAUGUGUGCCGUCUGCCACCACGUGGUCAAGGGUCUGUUCGUGUGGUGUCAGGGCUGCAGCCAUGGCGGCCACCUGCAGCACAUCAUGAAGUGGUUGGAGGGCAGCUCCCACUGCCCCGCCGGCUGCGGCCACCUCUGCGAGUACUCCUGAGCCUCCCCCGCCCGCGCGCGGGGCCUGCAGCUUGCGGCUUGGCGGGCCGGCAGUGGCGGAAGAGGAGCGCUGCACCGUGGAGCGUCGGGCCGACCUCACCUACACGGAGUUCGUGCAGCA